AUGAAAAUAAUAAAAUAUAUAUUUUUUGCAUUCUUCAUAUUAGUCCUCUUCGUAUGUGCCCUAAAUAGUUACAUAUAUCUCAAACAAGAUAGUUUUAUAUUCUCAAAUGAAUUCCCUACUGUUGAAGAGAAAAACCAAAUACUAGGAGAGAAUUAUGAAAUUGUUACCUUAACCACUAAGGAUAAUCAUAAAUUCACAUGUUGGUAUAUUAAGACCAAAGAUUCUGAGAACAAACCAAUUAUGCUUUAUUUUCAAGGAAACGGAGGAUAUUUAGAAAAAUACAUGAACUUAUUCAAUUUAAUUAUAGACCGAGUUGAUGUCAACAUAUUUUCAUGCUCAAAUAGAGGUUGUGGAUCUAAUAUCGCCAAACCUUCGGAAGAAUAUCUUUAUAAAGAUGCUAGUGUAUAUAUAGAAUAUGUGAAGACAAAAAAUCCAAAGCAUUUAUUUAUAUUUGGAAGUUCAAUGGGAGCCGCAGUAGCUAUUGACACGGCAUUAAAACAGAAUGACAAUAUAAGUGGAUUAAUUGUUCAGAAUGCAUUUACAAGUUUAAAGAAUCUAUCGAAAUAUUCUCACCCAUUCCUUCAUUUUUUCUUAUUUGAUUAUGACAUGAUAAUAAGAAGUAAAAUGGAUAACGAAUCAAAAAUUAAAAAUAUUACAGUACCAACCUUGUUUACCUUAUCUGAAAUGGAUGAAAAAGUACCCACUACCCAUACAAGAACAUUGUUUCAGUUAUGUGCAAGUACCAAGAAACAGUUAUAUUUGUCCAAGGGAGGAACUCAUCCAGACAUUCUGAAAAAUGAUGAUGGUUCUUAUCAUAAAACUAUGAAGAAAUUUAUUGAAGAUGCUAUAGCUAUAAGGGAAAAAAAUAUUCAAGAUGUGAAGGAAAAAAAUCCAAAUAAACCUACUUAA